ACAGAUCGAAGAAUGACGUCACUACACGCUCGGAAAUGGCGCCUGCAUCAAAUUUGAGCUGAACUUGAAGUUGUUGAGCUUGUUAUAAUCAUGGAGCAGGAAACAAGGAAACUAGUGAAGAAACUGACACAAUUUCAGGAGGGUUCGGAGAAUCUAAGACGGACCUUUCAGUUUGUGCAGUCAAACUUCAGAUUCCAUCGCUAUCUGGAUCCUGACAGUCACAAAAUUACAAGAACAUUGAGUGGAAUCAGAGAGAAAUUGUUGAUCCAUUCCCUGGCGGAGAAAGCUACUGCACUAGAUAGAUCGGUGAAGGCAUUCCUGGAAUCUCCCCUUUCGGAGAAAAAUAAACACACUAAGACUGAGGGUCACUAUGCAGUGCUGUCACUUUUGCUCAAUUUAUCAAACUCUCCAAUCAAUGCUGCAUUUCAAGAGAGAGAACCAAAGCAUGAGGCAGCUCCUGAACCCAAAUUUGACUGGACUGGUUACCUACUGGAAGGUCUUGAACCUUUAAAAUCAUUCCAAGAUUCUUCUGAAGAGGAGUGGUCAGAUGAAGAAGAAGUCUUUAUUGCUGAUCAAAGUCUGACAAGAGAGGGAGUCCUUCAGAUUGAGCCUCAUCACCACACCUCUUCAAGAGUCCCUGGAAGCAGCAAACUGUAUGGAACAGGUUGGGCAGAGCUUAGUGACAGUGUGGUGAUACAGUACUGGCAGGGGGAGCAAGACUCUACACUCCAUAGUGAUCAUGUGACACAUCACAUGACCAGGCAGUGGUGUGAAAGGGAGGUUUCUAGUGAACCGUUCAUUUCUGACAUACCAAGAACUACCAUGACAGAAACACAGAUCAUCAGAGAAAGUAUAUGGAUGCUUUUAGGAGCUGGUAGAUCGUUCCUUUAUCAGAAGAGAGAUGAUUGUCACGUGGCAAGGGACGAUGUUCAAGUAGCACAUCUCACUCCUACUUCAUUACAUGGUAUAACCAGACAGCUGGCUGAACUAGGCACAAAGAUACUCCAGUUACAGUCAUUCAUUGACAGGGUGCAGUCCAAUCCAAUGAGUUACUGUACACCUCGGAAACCUUGCCACCCAUCAAUCUCCUCAGAGAAGGAACUAGAGUCACCAAAAGAACUAGCCAAUGAAGAUCCCCAGGCCGACCCUUUGACGGCGACCGACACCAAGCCAGAAGGUCCAGGCAAAACUCAGUUGCUUCCUGAUAUCCUCAGAGAUGCCAAGGUCCAGGAUUCUGCAGUGAAAAAGCGCUACAACUGCCAGACCUACGAAGCAUUUGCUGACGGUCUUGCAACGGUUCUCCAGGAAUUCCGAAACUCACUCAUAGAGGUGGAGAAGAAGGUCGUUGCUCAAGAUGAGACCUAUACACUGUGUAUGUUCAAAGACUGGCUGUUGUCCACAUGGGGUCAAAGACUUCACCUAGCACACACCAUGUACAAACAAGGCAUAGAAGGUCCCUCUGAGGAUCUUUCAGCCCACAGGGUCUAUACGUUGCUUCAUGUUCUUCAUAUGGCCAUCAAAGAACAGUUUUGCCUUGCUUUCCAAGACAAGAAAGAGCUUGAUCUCCUGUGGCAUCUAUGGACGGUAACAGCGGGGCCUUACACCAGCUUCAUCACUAAAUGGUUACAGCAUGGGAUCUUAUCUGACCCUGCUCGAGAGUUUGCCAUUCGCAGGAACCCGGAGAUACACAUCAAAUCAGAAAGCUACUGGAAGAAGGCGUUCAGCUUACAAACCUUACCAAGGGACGACACAGAUGGGGCUCUUCUUUCCGUGCCAGCGAAGACCAAGAGAGAGCGGAAAUCAUCAGUCAAGAAGAGCGUGCCGAACGCAGUACCCGAGUUCCUUCAGCCUGUCCUGUCACACAUUCUGUUAGCAGGGAAGUCUAUGGAGAUCCUUGAGGCGACAGGCAAGCUGACAAGAGCAAGACAGGAUGUCUUAGGAGAGCUAUUCCAGUUAUCCAGGCCUGCAAUACUCCAAGGGAUGCUCAAGGAUACCCAGACAAGGAAGCCAGACACCACCAAGGCACCUUGCCCAACCUCAGAUAACGUUGCUGAGAUGGUUCAGAGGCAACUAUCCCUCCGGGGCUUCAACGAUCCCCUGAUAGCCCAUGGGAUCAAUCACGCUGCUUCCGAUCCCGAUAAUGCAAGACAAGGUCAGAGACAAGUUGAAGAAGGGAUAGACAGGAACCCAAAUUUGUCGAAACCCUUGGAGUUGGUAUUAUACCGAGACCUCUACCCAGGCAUCAUUAGUCGAUGUCAAUCAGUGUUUUGUCAGUUAGCCACUGUCUUCAAAACUGACUUCAACCUCCAAGAUCAUCUGCUCUCUCUUAGACGUUUCUUUCUCCUUGAGGCCGGUGAUGUGAUGUAUGAUUUCUACUCCGAGCUGUUUGAUAAGAUACGUCGGCAUGAGUCUUGGCAGGAUACGCUAAACCUCAACUACCAUUUACAAGAAACACUGAGUGUCAGGUACCCAGAAGAAGCUGCUAGGAUAAUCGUGAGUGUAGAGCCUGAGAGACUGACGGGGAAGAUGGCUACUCAACCAAUUCAUGCACUAGACUCUCUCACCUUGCAUUAUAAGGUCCCAUGGCCGGUGGAUAUAGUGAUUCAUCACCAUGCAUUAGAUAUCUACAAUCAAGUAUUUAGGUUCCUACUCCAAGUAAAGAGAGCUCAGUAUUGCCUUCAACAAUUACGGUUUCCAGAUCUACUUAUUUCAGUGAAUAUUGGACACUUGACUGAAGAUAGCGACCUUGGGAGACUGGAUAGAGGUCAAGCAGAUGAGGCUCUUAAGGAGAAGCUACCUCUUAUCCAUCGUCUUUUCAUCCUGCGCUUCCGACUCAUGCACUUUGUCAAUGCUGUGCAUAACUAUCUCAUGACGAGGAUCCUCUACAGCACCGGUCUGGAGUUCUCUGCUGCUCUGGACCAAGCCUUGGACCUGGACCAGAUCCUAGCUGCUCACAAGUCCUACCUGGCCAAGAUAUCGGAGAGAUGUCUGCUUCACCACAAGGUUAGCUUCGUCAGAGAAGCCGUUUCCAAGGUCCUCAACCUUGCUGUCACCUUCCAAAGACGCUGGGAUGCAGGGGUACAUACUUUCAGCAUCGAGAACGUGGCCAAGGCUGAAGAAGAGUUCUUCAAUUGCAAUGAGUUUCUCUCUACCUUACUUGCAAAUAUCAUUAGAAGAGGCACCUUUCCUCAUUUGGAGGCUUUGGCUCUAUCUCUGUCUGGUGCAAAACCUAAACAUAAGUCUGGAGACCAAGAUCAGAGACACUGAGGAGACAUGAUCAGGAUUGCAGACAGCAAGAGACGUUCUAAUGGUGUCAACAUCAAAAAUGUCUUAGUAAUUUUUGAAAAUAACAUACCUUGGCGGAUUUUUUGUUUGUUUAGACACACCGGUCAUACACCUCAAGCACUCUUAAGGAAUGGAUAUACAGGUGACACUGCCUAAGCAAAUUCUUUUAAUUCUUUUUGAACCAAAAAGUCUUGUUUUACUUUAAUCAACUUAGAAGAGGUAUACAGUAUAUGUUGUGCAUGAUCUGGUUGCAAAUUGCUUCAACUUUGGUAAAUAUAAAGCUUCAGAGCUGCCAACCUGUCACUGUCAAAAAAAGUAUUUUUCAGCUUGAAAAAACAUAUUUUUAGGUCAAAAAGAGGAUUUUCCCUGUUUCAGAAUUUUUCCUUGUAAAAUGCUCUUGCAACGAUGUUUCUUUUAUAAUAAACACGAGGUCGGUGUUAUAAAUGAAUGAAUGAAUUUAGUUAAAAACACUAGGUAAAACUGGUUGAGUAAUUUUAGAAGUUCAGAUUUGAGCAGGCCAGCAUCAAGUUUAUUAUAUUCAGAUGGAUUGACACAGCAAGGGAAAAAAAAUGAAUGUAAUGCACUCAAUAUCAAGAUACAAGCAUCCUUGAAUUUUGAAUUUUAGGUGGUAUACUUCCACAAUUUUAGCACCAAACAUAAUGGAGAGAAUAGCAUUUGGCUACAUUUUGAAUAAGUUUUUAGAGCCAUGCAUCUCUAAUUUUCAGCAACUGAACACAAAGUUAAUUGUAAGUUUAUGCAUGCCAUUCAUAGUCAUGUAGCACAUUAUAAACAAUUAAUGGACAUAAAAGACAUUAUGCAGUGUUUGAGCAUGCAAUGAAUCACAUCAUGAGCAGAAGUACAGGUACAGGACGGUACACAUUGUACAGAAGUUUCCCUAGUGGUAUAAUAAAUUGAAAAGGUAAAGUUAAUGGACAAAACAAUCUGUGAUAUUCUUUAGAUUAUAUACAGACAUGAAGUCAACACCAAUAUGUCACUACAUGAAAGAAAGCUGAAUAAGUGUCUCUGAUAAUGCAAGGGGUCCUUUCCUCCUUUUAAAAACAGCUAAAGAAUGUCUCUGAUAAUGCAAGGGGUCCUUUCCUUAACUUGUUGUAAUCAGUCAAUUUAGCAUGUAUUGCUGCUGCUUUCCCCACUGGUUGCUUUACUGAUGUGGAAGCAUUGCCUUUUUUGCUCUCAGAUGUUACAGCCUCCUUUCCACCGUUUGCAACAAAGAGACCUUGUGUACUCUUCUUUGCUGGGGGAUCUUUGGUGACUUUGGAUGUUUCUUUCCACAGUGAACUGAAGUGACUUUCUUGAUGCCAGGUGUAACUAUGGGACCUUUUUUGGACCCAGAAAGUAACGACACUUGUUUGGGUGUAACUUUGUCCUUGCUUUGCAUGUUAGACCCAGUUUUCUUUACAGAGCUCUGUCCAGCACUAGCAGCAGAUGUUGACUGCUUAUCUGCCUUCUGUUGUGUCGACACCUUUUGCUUCUUUGUGUUUCUGUCGUCAUUGUCUGCCUUGUUUACCUUCAGCAUGUACCUGUGAACUAUGACCUGCUUUUCCUGUAGAUGAUGACUGCUCACCAACCUUAGCCUUCUGUUUCUUAGGUUGAUUAUCUUCUUCAGUCUUUGCCUCCAAGCUGAAGAAUUCUUUGAGAGGUACCCACUGCUCAAGUAGCCUUCCUACAGCUCUUUCCAUGGAUAACCAACGGGUACACACGUGUUUGAGAAUUGCAUGGUUUUCACCUCCACACAUCUGUUGUACUUCUUUGAAGGAUUUAUGUCUCUUGCUUGACUUUUCCAAGUAGUAGAAAACUGAAGUAGAUCAACUGGUGAGAAUGGCAACACAUUUGCUCCCACGCAGGAUAUCAGAGCGCACGUACAUGUACAUUCAGCUCAUACACAAUCACUCUCAACACUAAAUUAAAGGCGCACACAUGAAUUAAAGCAUACUGAAAAUUCGGAAGAAUGUAUUUUUGCUGGAAUUAACAUACAUAUGGAUUUUACACAAAAAAACAUACAAAUACGUACAAAACAUAUUUUUUGGGAGCUCUGCAACUUAUGGAAGCCCGACUUAGGCAAGUUUAGCUGUAUGUGCACAUUAAAUUAGAACUUUGCCAGUUCCAUCUCAUUUCAUUCCUUAUCCUCACACUAAGUCUGAAUAUGAAGACAAAUGAUAGAUAUCUGUUGAAGCAACUAUAGCCAGAUCAGCAUGCCAUUCUCGAAAACCAUAUUGAUCAGGUAUCCGAAAGCAGCAACUUAACAAUGAACAGACUUGGGUCGAGAUAUCUUACACAGAGAUACCGGUUUAACAUUGAGCCUUAAUUGAAACACUGUUAUGAUUUGAAGUGCUUCAGACAUCCAUAUCAUUAGGGAGUUUUCGUAACCGCAACGUCGAUGCAGAACGCUUUCAAACAUAGAGAACAUAUUGUCAAAUGCCCUUCAUGACAAUGAAGUCUUUGUCAAGAAUCAAAACGGCAGUUUCAUCCUGGAAUCUGGACAAACGCCAUAGUAGGAUGAAACUGCUGUUACGAUUCAGCAAUUUUUGACAAAGACCUAACAGUUUUUUAUUGUGAUUUGACUUGCAAUUUCAAUACAUUUACUUUGUUCUUGGAUUCAUUCUGCAUCGUGGUGCCAAAACUCCCUAUUAUGUUAGCAGGACUUAGUCUUAUUGUUUAUUUCAAGAUUGCUACAAUUGACCUCUAAUAGAAAAACAAUAAUUUCAUUUGAAAAUAAAGUAGAUUACAUUCAGUUUUUGUAAAAAAAUUAUAUAUACAUGUACAUUUGUAUAAAGAUUAAUAAAAUGGAUCAAUAUUUGUGAACUUA